GGAAAUCCCGCCCCUUUUCCAAUGACGCCAACGGCGCUGUGUUGUGAGUCUGCUGGUAGCAAAACCUCACAUUACUGCACAUUACAGUUCGUUAUUUAAAUCAAGCGAUCGUGAUCUCAAGAAGGGCUGUACAUUGCGGAAUAUCAUGUCAGACACGGAGACCAAGCCCUCAAGUGAUGGAGGCGAGAAGAAAGAUGGAGAUUACAUUAAACUGAAAGUGAUCGGUCAGGACAACAGUGAAAUUCACUUUAAAGUGAAGAUGACGACACAUUUAAAGAAGCUGAAGGAAUCCUACAGUCAGAGACAGGGUGUACCCAUGAACUCUCUAAGGUUUCUUUUCGAGGGACAGAGAAUUGCAGACAACCAGACCCCCAAAGAGCUGGGAAUGGAAGACGAGGAUGUGAUCGAGGUGUAUCAGGAACAGACCGGUGGCUGUCGGAAUGACUAGACCUUUAUUUUUUCGCUCUUUAUUUUUAUCUUAAUUUUGUAUGUAUGACAUGUAUUUCAUCUGUUUCCUUUUGCCGUCACCUCAAAGGGAAGCAGAAAAACCAUCUGGAUCAAAUAGAUAAUCUGUCAGGGCUGCUGUGUUUGAAGUAGUCGGGUGGAACAACGGAAAAUGUUUUUCUAGCCAUAUCCCACGUCUGUUUCUUCGCUAACUCAUCCCGCUUUUUUAUAAAUAUAAAGGACUCUGGUCACGUUCUGCAAUGACACAUAUGACAUGUUGUGUUGUGCCCUGAGCUGAAUGAGGACGGUCUGUUUAUCUGUACUUUGCUGCUAAAAAAAACCCCGUUAGAUUAUGCUGUUAAAUUCAAUCAAGACGAAUUUUGGAUGCCGGCUUUAGUGUUCUUGCAUUGUUAUUGCUAACUAAAGCGCCGUUCGUGUAGUUGGCCAUGGUUAUAUGUUCUGUCAAUCCUCAGCUUUCAUUAGACCCUUUUUACACAUUUAAUUGUUUUCGGCUCAUUUUAUUGUAGUGAACACACCUGCCAUGAUGUGAUAGAAACCCUUUGAGUAUUUUACAUUGUGGGAUGCUUAUUUAUAUGCAGUUGUUGUCUGAUAUUAGAAAAGUUUAAAAUGUUUAUUCGUUCUUCUUGCAUGUGUCUGCAACAACUGUGUACAGUUGUACAGUAUAUAGACACACUAUGAAUCGCAAGAGGGAGGUCAUCGUAUUGUGUUUUUGCAUGGUUUUGUCUAAUGUAUUAGAAUUUGUACCCCUGUCUGAAUCCGUGUCACCUUCUUUUUCUACCCGGUCUUGGAUAUCUGGCUCCCUUUUAGCCACAAUAAUGGAUUUCAAACCUGAAAAUAAUGGGUAACUAUGUUGUUUGAUUAGUACUCAGGGGCGUCAUUCACAUACACAAUGAAUAUAGCAACAGUGUCACUGUACUCUUGUUCCUUUUUUUACACUUUCAUAUUUUUUAAUUUUUCCGCGAGAGGGGAGGGGAAUUUGGUCCAGAUGGUUUUGUGGAUAUAGAAGAAUUAUGACUUUGCUUUUGUCUUGUUUUUUAAAUAAAAUGUGUCAUAAAA